AUUACCUACCUUGUUCUUCUCCAUUUCUUUACUGUUUCCGCUUGGAUUCCUCCAAAUGGAUCACCGGAAUAAGCCCCAAACACGCAGAAGCUUGAAGCGGAAGUUGGAGCAAGAAUUCGAAGAAGACAAAGCAGAUCGAUGCAAGGUACCCGUCGUCGCAACCGUCCAGACUCACCAAGAUCUCCUCCGCGAUGUUCGCCUUCACGUCGAUAUUCUCAACUCCACCUUCUCCUUUUCAGAAGCCGAUCGCGCCGCUGCCAAACGCUCCACUCACUUCCUUUCUGAACUCGCCAAGAACGAGGAUAUUGUGAAUUUGAUUGUGGAGUGCGGGGCCGUUCCUAUACUGGUAAAGCAUCUUCAAAGGCCACCGCCUUUGGGAGACGGCGAGCCAGUACCAUUGGAACAUGAAGUGGAGAAAGCUAGUGCGUUUACUCUUGGACUACUUGCGGUGAAGCCAGAGCAUCAACAAUUCAUAGUUGACGCUGGGGCACUGCCCCAUCUCGUGAAUCUGUUAAAAAGACAUAAGGAUGGUUGUAAGUCUGGGGCAUUGAAUGGACUUAUAAGGAAAGCUGCUGAUGCAAUUACUAGCCUUGCUCAUGAAAAUGCAGGCAUUAAAUCCCUCAUCAGGGCUGAGGGUGGGAUCCAACCGCUUGUUGAGUUGCUCGAUUAUCAUGAUAUAAAGGUGCAGAGGGCAGCUGCUGGGGCCUUAAGGACCCUAGCAUUUAAGAAUGAUGAGAAUAAGAAUCUGAUUGUUGAAUGCAAUGCUCUACCGACCCUCGUACUAAUGCUUUGCUUUGAGGAUGUUUCCGUACAUUAUGAAGCGGUUGGCGUGAUUGGGAACCUUGUCCACUCCUCUCCAAACAUAAAGAAAGAGGUUCUUCUUGCCAGAGCACUGCAGCCUGUUAUUGGAUUACUUAGUUCUAGCUGUUUGGAGAGCCAGAGGGAAGCGGCUUUACUCAUAGGUCAAUUUGCUGCUGCAGAUUCUGAUUGCAAGGUACACAUUGCCCAAAGAGGAGCUGUUCCACCUUUAAUUAAAAUGCUUCAGUCUUCAGAUGUGCAGCUCAAGGAAAUGUCUGCAUUUGCGCUUGGACGAUUGGCUCAGGACACACACAAUCAGGCUGGAAUUGUGCAAAAUGGUGGAAUAGUGCCAUUACUUAGCCUUCUUGGCUCAAAAAGUGGACCUCUGCAACAUAAUUCUGCAUUUGCCCUAUAUGGCCUUGCUGAUAAUGAGGACAAUGUUGUAGAUCUUAUCAGGACUGGAGGUUGUCAGAAACUCCAGGAAGGGGAGUUCAUUGUUCAGCCAACUAAAGAUUGUGUGGCAAAGACAUUGAAGAGAUUGGAGGAAAAGAUUCAUGGCCGAGUUUUGAAUCACUUGUUAUACCUGAUGCGGACAGCAGCCAAGUCUGUUCAAAGACGAGUUGCUCUGGCUCUUGCUCAUCUUUGUGCCCCUGAUGAUCGGAAAACUAUAUUUAUUGACAAUAAUGGACUGGAGUUGCUUCUGGGCCUUCUUGAGUCUACAAGUUUCAAGCAACAACAAGAUGGUUCAGCGGCCUUGUAUAAGUUGGCCACGAAGGGCACUUCACUCUCAUCUGUGGAUGCAGCUCCACUAUCCCCAUCCCCACAGGUGUAUUUGGGUGAGCAGUAUGUAAAUAAUCCUACACUAUCUGAUGUUACAUUUUUGGUUGAAGGCAAACGAUUCUAUGCUCAUCGAAUUUGUCUUCUUGCUUCUUCGGAUGCAUUCCGUGCAAUGUUUGAUGGUGGUUACCGGGAGAGGGAUGCCAAAGAUGUUGAGAUUCCAAAUAUAAGAUGGGAUGUUUUCGUGUUAAUGAUGAGGUUUAUAUACACAGGAUCUGUGAAUGUCGAAAUGGAUUUUGCUCAAGAUCUUCUUAGAGCUGCUGAUCAAUAUCUUCUUGAUGGCCUUAAGCGUCUUUGCGAAUAUGCCAUUGCACAGGAUAUUUCUGUGGAGAAUGUUUCGUUGAUGUAUGAAUUAGCAGAGGCCUUUAAUGCCACGACCCUGCGGGAAGCAUGCUUACUCUUCAUAUUAGAGCAAUUUGAAAGAUUAAGUACCAAGCCUUGGUGUGCUCGUUUGAUUCAACGCAUCAUUCCGGAUAUACGGAAUUACUUUAUAAGAGCACUUGCGAAGCCUGUGCAAACUGACUCCAGACAACUCUAAAUGAUUUUGACAUUGGUUUUGACCUUUUUUUGUGGCCCUUUGGACUGAUAUUAGCGUUGGAG